AACGACUCGCAAUGCGGGGAGCAGAUCCUCAGCUACGGCAACGUGGAGAAAGUUGUCAUCGGGGCCGUGCUCAGCCUCAUCACGCUGCUGACUGUCGCCGGCAACUGCCUGGUGGUCAUCUCCGUCUGCUUCGUGAAGAAGCUGCGGCAGCCCUCCAACUAUCUCAUCGUCUCGCUGGCCCUGGCCGACCUCUCCGUGGCCCUGGCCGUCAUGCCCUUCGUCAGCGUGACUGAUCUCAUCGGUGGCGAGUGGAUCUUCGGGCGCCUUUUCUGCAACGUCUUCAUCGCCAUGGAUGUCAUGUGCUGCACGGCCUCCAUCAUGACCCUCUGCGUGAUCAGCAUCGACAGGUACCUGGGAAUAACAAGACCGCUCACAUAUCCUGUGAGGCAGAAUGGGAAGUGCAUGGCCAAAAUGAUCCUGUGCGUGUGGCUCUUAUCUGCCUCUAUCACCAUACCCCCGCUCUUUGGUUGGGCCCAAAACGUGAAUGAUGAAAAGGUCUGUUUGAUCAGCCAAGACUUCGGCUACACGAUUUACUCCACGGCAGUUGCAUUUUAUAUCCCAAUGUCAGUGAUGCUUUUCAUGUAUUAUCAGAUUUACAAGGCAGCCAAAAGGAGUGCUGCUAAACACAAGUUCGCCAGUUUUCCCAGGCCAGAAGAAAUAGAAGGGAUUUCUAUGAAUGGAGUGGUAAAACUGCACAAGGAAUCUGAAGAAUGUACUAAUUUUUCACGACUCCUGAAGAAUGACAAGAAAAACAUUUCCAUUUUUAAGAGAGAGCAGAAAGCUGCCACUACUCUUGGGAUUAUUGUUGGGGCUUUCACUGUGUGCUGGCUGCCAUUUUUCCUCCUCUCAACUGCCAGACCCUUCAUCUGCGGUACAGCAUGCAGCUGUAUUCCACUGUGGGUUGAGAGAACCUUUCUAUGGUUGGGUUAUGCAAACUCUCUCAUUAACCCUUUUAUAUAUGCCUUCUUCAAUCGGGACCUGAGGACAACUUACCGCAACCUCCUGCAAUGCAGAUAUAGGAAUAUCAACCGGAAACUAUCGGCUGCAGGGAUGCAUGAGGCUCUGAAGCUUGCAGAAAAGCCAGAAUUUGUUCUCACUGCAGCCCAAGUAUUUGAUUCUACAUUCUCCUUGUCCUGAAAUUGGAGAAGUUCUGAUUUCUCCAGGGAAAAGGAGUCCUGAUUCAUGAUCUGCAUCAAAGCAGCCAAAAAAGCCAGACCAGAACUGGAGAAGAAAAGUGAAAAGUUGGCUUCUGAAGAAACAGAUAGCUUUAUGAAAUGUACUUCAUCUUCUUUUGAUGGGAAUGUACUAAAAAUACUCAAUGAGCUCAAGAUAUUACAUUAAAUACAUUUCUACUAAAAUUAGUCACAUCUUGUUUGUUAUGGAGAAAAGUGCUGCUAUGUACAAAUCAGAAUAGUUUUCUGCCUGAGAAAGCUAAAUUAUUUCAGCAAUAAAGUUUAACACAUGGAGUGGGAAAGAAAUGCAACUGAAAUUCAAAGAUAAAGUGCUGUGCAGAUUUCCACUGCGUUCAACAAUGUAGAAGACAUUCAUUUAUAUUUAUCAUGCUUGUUGAUCCCAAUGUUGGUAUUAAUAUUCAGGGAUCAUCAGUGAUAUUGAAUGUAUUCUGUUGUACUACAAAAAGGUGUUCUCAAGCACAUAGUAGCUCCAUGGAUACUUUCAAGGCUUGUGAUAUUUUAUGCACCUGGAAUAGGUUCCAGAAAGACAACAAAAAAAGACUGAUUUUUUUUUAAAAAGUAUUCCACUCUACAACAUGAAUGCCUGUUUGUGAGCAUAGCUUGUUAGUCCAGUUCCCAUCUUGCUAACGAGAAGAGUUAUCUUCAGGUAUCCUAUGACAAAAGUUAUGGGCCAGAAACAGAACAUACACAUAUCACACCAUGGUCAAUUUACAAACAAGAUUGUUUUGUUUUAAUGUAACUUGUGUGGUCUGCCAAAUUAUAAAAAAAACAUCAUUCUCUUCUUCUAACAGAGAUAAGAGAGUCUUGAGAAGUUCCGUAGCACUUUGAUUGCUAUUUUACUGACCAGAUAGAUGAGACUGAGAAUUACAAAAUCUGUUACUUAAUAAAUAAAUAAAUAAAUAAAUAAAUAAAUAAAUAAAUAAAUCUUUUGAAAUAUUCAUUCUGGAAUCCCUGCAGAAUCCCAGAUAGACAACAUAAGUUACCUUUUCUACGCCUACAGAAUGAACACUCAAAGCAUCUGCUGUUCUCCAAGUGCAGAGAAUGGAGCAGCAGAACAAAAGCAGUUUACAUCUCUGUGUAUGUUUAUUUUACAGUUAAAAUAAACCCCUUUGCCUUGACAAAAAU